UGGCAGAGAGACUGAGGCUGAAGUUUCAGAAGUAAUCAGCAUGAUUACACGAUGAACGACAAAAACAUCUGUGAACCUUUAAACCUCCGGAGAUCAGCUUCUGUAUAAAAACGCUCUGGCCAAAUCACUUUCACACAGCCUGUCAGCAGAAACCCUGAAUGACAUCCUUGCUGCAUGGUCGUCUGGAUUUCUAACAUGGACCUGGAGGUGGUUACCGCUAAAAUAUUGUCUGAGUGGAAGUGCCAUGAGCGCGCCUUUGCAGAAAACCAAGAGUCACGUCAACUCAACUCACCGGAGUCCCCGAGGGACUCCGUGUGCUCUUCACCAGAGAUGUGCUACUCCAGCCAGCAUCAGGAGAUCAAGGAGUUCUCCUUUACCUUCACGGGGCGAGAAGGUAAUCCCCCACUGGCGCAAAGGCAAAGCAAGCCAAAGAUGUCCACCAAAAGACGCAUGAAGGCCAGCGAGCGGGAGAAGAUGCGGAUGAGGAGCCUUGCAGAGGCUCUACACCAGCUACGUGACUACCUGCCGCCGGACUACAGCAAGAGAGGCCAGCCCCUGACCAAGAUACAGACGCUCAAAUACACCAUUGAAUACAUCAACAAGCUUUCAGACCUCCUGAGCCGCACGUAAAGGCACCCAAAAUGGACCACAUUAGGACGUUUUGCCAAGUUUCUUCAUCAGUUUCUUUUGCUACUCUCCUUUAUUGCGUGUUUUUUUUUUUUGUUUUGUUUUUGUUUUUAAUACGCAUGAUGUAAAUAUUGUUUGUUACUUGCACUUGGUAGUUUUUGUAUAUGAGGCGUACCUUUGUUAAAAUUAUGAAGUCAGUGUUUGGGGUCUUAAAUGCAACUUUAC